AGAUUGAAUUUUACAAAAAAAAGCUCAGAACUUUUUUGUACACCUAAUAUCACUCGCCGUUUCACGGAUUCCGCUGAUCGCCAGCAAAAACUGCUCAAUGAACUCGAGCUGGAUGACAAAAAGCCGUCGCAGCUCCUGCGCCAGAUGUGCAGCUUCUCUGGAGACAAGGCGUCGAAGGAAAUUCUCAGAGUCAAGUGGCUCUCCCUCCUGCCACCUAACGCUCAGCGCUUUUUGAAAAUAUUUAGCGCUCCCAACUUGGAUGAGCUUGCAAUUGAUCACCUUUUGGAAGGGAGCAGCAACCUAUAUGUGUCUACGUCGCAUUCUACUGGUUCUUCCUCGCCAGCCAGGCACAGUCAGACCGGUCUCUUCAGCGUCUCACUUAAGCAGGUCUCGCUCACGCUCGCGGCCAAGAGCUUCCUCGCCCUCGCCGCGAGACGCCUGCUAUUAUCAUCGGAGAUUCGGUGCCGCGGCUCAGCGAUGCACCACGCCCUGCUCAUUUAUGGCCAAUCAGCCGUCAGAACAGUUAAACUAAGCCGACUAUCGGCAUCUGAGGCGGCCGUCGAUAGCAGUAACAGCAAUGCAAUUGUCUUGCCCUCUAAGAAACUCCGGCUUCAUGUUCAUGGACAACCAACAUCAAAUUUCUAAUCGAUUCUGGUCUCCUUGGUGCCUCAUCGCCAAACCGCUCAGGUCAUCUGACGCACGUUUAUACGCCGCAAACGGCUGGCCUAUCAACACUUUCGACGAAAAGAUCCUAACCGUCAACUUCGGCCUUCGUUAAGCCUUCAAAUGGGCCUUCAUAAUUGUCGAUGUUCAAUCGACCAUCAUUGAAGCAGACUUCCUCCAUCAUUAUGGUCUGAUCCUAGAUUUGAAAAAGCGAAUAUUACUGGAUGCUCUUACCUCGCUCUCUAGCAAAGGCAAUCUUGCCAUGACUUCUGUCUUUGGAAUUUCUUCUGGUCCGCCCGGCUGCCUUCGAACUCAAUCGCAUCAAGCUACCAGAUUCUUAUCAAGGAAUUCGAGAAUCUCGGCAGAGCCGAGCCUUCCAUCAGCCUCCAUUUACGUCGAACAUCACAUCGUGACAUCUGGGCCUCCGGUUGCCGAACGAACUCGCAGACUCGCAGGUGAGAAACUCGAGGCUGCACGCAAGGACUUCGAGCUGAUGUUGCAUUACGGGAUUAUCCGUCUUUCGAGCAAUCAAUGAGCCAGCCCUCUGCAUAUGGUCCGCAAGAAGAAAGGUGAUGCGCUACGGGCGAUUAUAAACGAUUGAACGCCCAGACGGUGCCCAACAGGUAUCCGAUUUCACGUAUCGACGACAUUUUUCAACGGAAAGCGCAUCUUUUCAAUCUUGGAUUUUAAGCGCGCUUACUUCCAGAUUCCGAUCGUUCAGCUGAUAUAGCUAAGAUAGCCGUCACCACACCUUUCGGAUUCUUUGAAUAUCUUGGCACCUCUCGAUCUUCGCAAUGCCACGCAAACAUUCCAAAGGCAUAUAAACAACAUUUUCAGAGGAUGACUUCGUCAGCUGUUACAUUAACGAUGUCAUCAUCGCCUCUAGCUCGCACGAGGAACACCUGCAACAUCUCAGAACUGUGUUUGAGCUGCUUCGCUCCCACCAACUAACCAUCAACUGGAGCAAAUGCCAAUUUGAAAGAGCUGAACUAUCUUGGCUAUAUGCUCGACUCUCAAGGAUUCAGGCCUCCACUCGACCGGAUUGAAGCCAUUCUGGCGUACCCGAAACCGGAAACUGUCUCAGACCUCCGUCGUUUUCUGGGGCUGAUCGAUUAUUAUAGGCCAUCCCAAGCGCUGCUACAAGCUCCACUCUGUGUUUUUCUACAAGACGCAAA